AUGGCAGAGGAAUACUUGACGGCCCUCAAAACUAUCAUUCACCCAAAGCUCAAGUGGAAUAAGAUUGUUUACUCUUCCCCUGUCACCGGCGACCUCAUCGACUGCCCCCAGAAUCUGGGCCCCCAGCAUUGGGUCAACAAUCUGCUUCAGCCCACGCAAUUCUCAAAGUCCUUUGAAAACAUGUGUCUUGCGAGGAAUGGCGAAGACCCCGCUGUUGAUUUCAUCUUAGAGAUCGGUCCGCACUCGGCUCUCGCAGGCCCUAUUAGGCAGAUAUGUAACGCUCCUGGAUUGAAGGGCAGGAACUUGCCAUACACGUCCAGUCUGCUAAGAGGCCAGAACGCUGUAAUUACAAUGCAAUCUGCUGCAGGAGCUCUGUGGUGUGAAGGCUAUCCAGUUGAUAUAGCAGCUGUCAACUGUCAACAAUCUCACGACAACCACCGCGUCAUUUCAGACCUUCCUCCAUAUCCUUGGAAUCAUUCCAACCACUUCUGGCAGGAAUCGCGUGUGAACGUUGCCCAUCGACAUCGGAGUCACGUACGCAAUGACUUUAUUGGCUCUCAGAUUCCUGGACCCGCAUCUACAAAUCCGAUUUGGAGGCAUUUUCUCAAGGUUUCUGACCUGCCCUGGCUGCGAGACCACGUCUUGUCGUCGGACAUUGUAUACCCUGGUGCCGGCGGUAUCACAAUGGCGAUCGAAGCCCUGCGACAAUUCUCCAAGGAGCCACAAGAGUCCAUCGAUGGAUACUGCUUAAGAGAUGUGCAGAUCAGCAAAGCAUUGGUCGUUCCAGAUACUGAGACAGGUGUUGAAGUCCAGCUAUCUCUGCACUCAUGCGACAAAAAGAACCUGGAUCCGGGUUGGUACGAGUUCUCACUGAUGUCGUUCAGUUCUGACAGCGGAUCUUGGACUGAACACGUCAGCGGUUACAUAUCUCAGCGGCAGAAGCCGAAGCUUUCAGUCACUCCGAUCUCAACCCCAAACCGUGAAAAGACAGAUGCCAAGGAUCAUUAUUACUCACGCAAUGUCGAACCUGAGGCACUCUUCGCACGACUUAGAAAUAUGGGAAUUUAUCAUGGACCGUCGUUCCAAAACAUGUUGGCCAUACAAGCCAAUGAUUCAGAGUCCAAAUUCCAAUUCAGGGUUGCAGACUCAAACUCUGCCAGUAGCCAUCUUCUCCAUCCCACGACAUUGGACUCGAUAUUCCAAGGCGCAUACGCUUCCUUACCUUCUCAGUACUUCCAAAACUCAAUGGUGGUUCCCCGGUCUAUUGAGGAGAUUUACGUGUCACACUCGAUCACCUCAUUGCCCGGCACGCGGUUCGAGUCCCUUGCAACCGUCAAUCGUCUUGGCAGGUCCGGCUUCCGAUCUUCUGUCGUAACACAUGACCCUUCAUCUUCGGUCCCAGAUAAGACGCUUUUAGAAGUCAAAGGCCUAUUUUGUCAAGCUUUGGGAGGUAUCGACGAGAGCGGUGGUAGCCAUGAGCUGCCAAAUCUCAUGUUCAAGAUGCACUGGCAUCCUGAUGUGACCCUCAUGCCAAUAUCAACACUGAAAGGUUCGCUCAAGUAUGAGGCUGACCCUAAGGAGCUAUCUGUGAACAAAAAGUUGAUACAAGCAGCUUGGUACUUUAUCCAAGACACAAUUCAAGAUUUGAGCUCGGACGAGAUCGCAAUUGUCAACAUGGAGUGGUACCAUAACUCGCUCUACAACUGGAUGCGAUCCAACUACGAAGCUGGACUUGCCGGCACCUUGGCGCGCGGAAGCUCCUCAUGGGCUAGAAGAAGCAAGGGCAUGAAGCUCAUGUUACUGGACGAAGUUGCUGCAGAGAGUGUAAACGGACGCUUGUUGUGUCGUAUCGGCAGCAACCUGUCCAAAAUCCUAAGAAAGCAAGCCGCGCCACUAGAAGUCAUGAUGGAGGGCAAUUUGCUCUAUGAUUUCUAUAGUCAAGCUCUCCGAUGCAAUCGAUCCUACGAGCAAGUAAAAAAGCUCGUCCGCCUUUACUCGAUGAAAAACCCACGUGCCAGGGUUCUUGAGAUCGGAGGUGGCACUGGUGGAUGUACGGGGUCGGUUCUAGAGGGAUUGUCCCAAGAUACACCCGACAACCGGUACCGCUUUGGAUCUUACACUUUCACUGAUAUAUCAAGUGGAUUCUUUGAGGCAGCAUCGAAGAAAUUUGCAAUUUAUGGCGACAUGGUCAAUUUCAAGAAACUUGACAUCGAAGCAGAUCCUGUAGAGCAGUCCUUCGAGGCUGGCUCAUAUGACCUCGUCAUCGCCUGUCAAGUGCUUCAUGCCACCAAGAACAUGGAGAAGACGAUGAAGAACGUCCGCAAGCUUCUGAAGAAAGGCGGAAAGUUGAUUAUUGUCGAAACAACAAAGGACAGACUUGACGUGCAACUUGUCUUCGGAACACUACCCGGCUGGUGGUUGGCAGAGGAGACUGAACGCAAGGGAGGCCCGAACUUGACUUUGAAUCAUUGGGGUCAAGUUCUCAAAAGCAGCGGUUUUAGCGGUAUCGACUUGGAUGUUCGAGACAUGGAACACGAGGAGGACUAUUCGUUUAGUGUCAUUACUUCCACGGCUACCGCUUCGCCCUCCUAUCCUCGCGAAGUUGCCAUCAUGUGCCUGCCAGGAGAGGUGCCAGUGAACUGGACACAUGACCUUGAGAGAGCAAUUCAGUACACCACAGGUGCUAUAACCACGACUUCGGAUUGGGCGUCUAUUGAUGCCACUGGCAAAGUGUGCAUCAUGCUUGUUGAAAUGAUAGCUCCCUUCUUGCAUCGACUGGGACGCGAGGAUUUUGCACGCAUUCAACGAUUGUUGACGACUGCCCAAGGCGUAUUGUGGGUGACAAGGGCUGGUCUUACAUGCGGGACGAAUCCUGACAUGGCGUUACAUUCUGGUCUUUUGCGGACGCUGCGAAUGGAAGAUGUCGGUAGACGAUACGUCUCCCUCGAUCUCGGGACUACCGAAUCUCAGUGGUCUAUGGAGAAUUUGGGUUAUGUCGUGGACGUUCUCAAGGCUUCAUUUGACUUUUCUCUCGCCGACAGAGAGAUCGACCAUGAAUACGCUGUUCGAGACUCCCUACUUCAUGUGUCUCGCAUCUACAACGACUACGCGGGAAACAGAGCUUUGGCAUCUAGAACCGACGAUCAGGAACCGGAGCUUCGAUGCUUCAAAUCCAGUGAUCGAAUGGAUCUGAAAAUGGAGGUCGGCACUCCUGGACUUCUAGACUCCUUGCGCUUCAGAGAAGUCGAGAACAAUGUUUCGAUGCUGGAGGCCGACCAGCUUGAGAUCGAGCCUCGCGCUUUUGGUCUCAACUUCAGGGAUGUGCUCGUUGCACUGGCCCAGCUUGAUGAGACCAUCAUGGGCUAUGAGUGCAGCGGCGUCGUCACUAGAAUGGGCCCAGAAGCAAAGCAAGCCAGUGGCCUAAAAGUCGGCGAUCGAGUUUGUGCCAUUCUUCGCGGUCACUGGGCGACAAGGGUAACCAUCAACUGGCAAUGUGCCGUUCGUAUACCUGAAGACAUGUCGUUUGAGGAAGCAGCAACAAUCCCUAUGGUGUUUGCCACGGCUUAUCUUGGUCUCUACGACGUUGGAAGGCUUGCCAGAGGCGAGAGCAUCCUUAUCCACGCCGCAACCGGCGGGGUCGGACAAGCUGCAGUGAUGCUCGCCCAGCAGCGGGGUGCUAAAGUCUUUGUCACAGUCGGCACCGAGGCAAAACGCGAUUUCGUGAUGAAGGAGUUUGGCGUGCCCAAAGAACAUAUAUUUUCCAGCAGAGACACGUCUUUCGGUCCCGCUCUGAUGGCAGCCACCAAUGGCAAAGGAGUCGACAUGGUACUCAAUUCGCUCGCCGGCCCGCUACUGAACGAGACCUGGAAGUGUAUGGCAAGAUUUGGUCGAUUUGUUGAGAUCGGCAAGCGGGACAUGGAAACAUCAAAAGCCCUGGACAUGAGCCCUUUACGGCUUGCUGUCUCCUUUGCCGCGGUGGACGUAUUCCAGCUGGGCAAGUAUAAGGGCUGUGUUCUCCAAGACGCCCUCUCUAGCGUCAUGGAAAUGUUUGAGAAGAAGCAGCUUCGUUUUGUGGCUCCUAUGACAAAAUUUCCCAUUUCCGAAGUUGACAAAGCCUUUAGACUGAUGCAGAGCGGCAAACACAUGGGCAAGAUAGUCGUUGUGCCGAAGGUGACGGAGCUUGUCAAGGUUGUUCCCUCUUUGAAAGCAGCACGCCUGUUGCCCGACGCCUCAUACCUCAUUGUGGGCGGCAUGGGUGGCAUCGGCCAGUCGAUUGCACGAUGGAUGGCGAAACAUCUCAGUUGCAAAUACCUUAUCAUUCUGUCUAGGAACGCCACGAAGUAUUCCGAAUGCGCGCCCCUGGUCGCAGAGCUCGAGUCACUGGGAUGCAGGACCCUGGUCCGGGACUGCGACGUAUCAUGCGGUGCGGAGUUCAAACAAUUCAUCGUUGAUGCUGAGGCAAGCUUUCCGCCCGUCAAAGGCGUGAUUCAAGCUGCCAUGAAAUUAGAUGACUCCAUCUUUCCCAACAUGAAAUAUGAACAAUGGCUGGCUGCCACGGGGCCCAAAAUCACAGCAACAUGGAACAUCCACAAUAAUCUCCCAAAUCUGGAUUUUUUUAUCCUACUUUCCUCCUUGACGGGUCUCGGUGGCAACACCAGUCAAGGAAACUACUCGGCUGGCGGAAGCUUUCAAGACGCGUUCGCCAGAUACAGAACGUCGCAAGGCUUACCCGGAGUUUCUAUCGACUUGGCUAGUAUACAAGAAGUUGGCUUCGUUGCCAACACGGAAGGGGUUGCGCAGCGCUUGAGAAAGACUGGUCUUGCUGAAAUCGAUGAGGUCAACCUGCUUAAGAUAGUUGAAACGGCUAUCCAAGACCCGCACCGUGAGAUCGACCUCAGCCAGCUUAUUACAGGAAUCCUGGAUUUCGAUGAAGCAUCCACGGUCGCCUGGGUCAAUGACAGGCGCUUCUUGUCUGUUCAGUUGAAUCAACUGAGUCUUGGCGGCUCGAGUCACCGGACGGACCAGCGACACUGCGCGGCUACGCGGCUGUCCGACUCAUUGCAGUCCGCAAGUAAUCAUUUGGACGCAGUGGCUCUGAUCUUGGACGCCAUCAUCUCAAAGUUGGCAGAUAUGUUUGGGUUGGACGUGGCUGAAAUCGACAAAAAGCAUCCCGUCUCCAAGUACGGGGUUGACUCGCUCAUCGCCGUCGAGUUGCGCAAUUGGCUUGUCUCUAACGCCGGAGCCGAGACAACAGGCAUUUUCGACGUGCUGCAUAGUCCUAGCUUGAGCGUUUUGGCAGAGAAGGUUGGAGAGAAGAGUCGCUAUGUCCCGAGUGCGGUGAGCCCACACAUAUUGCAAUAG